AUGCGACACUAUGGAACAUGGCUAUCAUCCCGAGGUGCUGCCUUCAAGAGCUUUCUGCGCGAGAGCGGGGCGUACAUGCCAAACCACGACGUUGCACACCCAGUGCCAGGCAGUGCCAGGCAGUGCCAGGCAGUGCCAGGCAGUGCCAGGCAGUGCCAGGCAGUGCCAGGCUGCGCACAUGUCCUUGAGACGGUGACCUCACGAAGCCGAGGUCGCGUCGCUGCAGUUGCAUGGAAGGUUCCUGGAUGCAGGAGAAACGCAGCUGUUGCGGUGCCGAUCUCUGCGAGGCCGCGUGGAGGCCGCUACUGGGACAUUGAGUUGAAGCUGCAUGAGUACUUGACGUCCGUCAACUGGACCUGGAGCUUCGACUCGAGGGAGCUGAUGCCCUUCGGCCUUUGCACACCGACCUCCUGCUCGACGGGACACCUGCGGACGGAGGUGGUGCCCCGCUUUGUUGGCCACAUGCUCGGCUUGAACACGACGACCGUCAGCCUGGGUGCAGCAUCUGGUGCUGUGCUGGUGAUUCACGAGCUUGCUCUUUGGCAGGAGCUCCCCUUGGACUUCGUGAUAGCCGGCAUCAAUCGAUGCGGCACGACGUCCUUGCACUACAACUUGGGCCAACACCCAGAAGUGUCUUUCAUGAAGACCAGCGGCGAGGACACAACCCUGAUGCAUCGGACCAUCCUACCCCGCCGGGAGGACGUCGAGGCCUUCCGGAAGCGUGCAGGCACGACCCGACUGCUCGGUUAUCGCCACUCUGGAAUCUUCACCAGCAGCAGACUUCUGCACGGACUUCGCAGAAUCCCUAACCUUCGGGCUCUCCUUGUCCUCUGCGAGCCCAUGGGUCGGAUCGAACGCUUCUUCCUGGUGGACACGCUUCAGCCUUGCCGAGACCUCCGAGACUUGAGCCAGCUGGGGAGCCAAGAUGAGGACAAGCAGGGUUCCCCAAUCGACGCCUUACAGGCACCGUCAACUCCGCCGCGAUGCUGGACCAGUGUGGCAGCAGCGUUGGAGGACCCGGACGGCGGGUUCCAGUCUGAGGAGCACCGCCGAAAGUUGCAGAGCAACCCGAAUGCCGCGCAGCACCCGCUUCUGGAGCGCCAUCUGAUCGGCUCAUUCCUGCCAGGUAUUCGGAAGCUCUUCGGCGAUCGGCUCCUAAUGGUUUAUCAGGACUCUCUCCGCCACAAUGCCAGAGAGACCUGGAAUCGCAUGGCCGCUUUCUUGGGCGCAUCCCCUUUUCACGCGCAGGCCGACUUCCCGCAGAAGAACACGCUCCCGGGCCACCGCACGGACCUCUGCUACAACGCCUCGCUGGUGCAGCGCUUCAAGUGGCUGCUGGAGCCCGAGUACCGCGCCAUCGAAGAGGCCUUGAAGACGUCUGGCGAAGCUGUUCCGUUGGGGCUCCAGCAACGGCAGACCCGCUGUGAGCGGGAUGGAUUGACAAAGCCGCGGCUCAUGAUCGAGGCCACGCCACUCUUCUACAGAUCCGUUAUCCAAGAUGAUGCGGGUGCCGGAUUGCUAUGGGUAGGCGUGGAGGGGCUGUUGAGUGAGAGCGCCGCGACAGAGGCGCUGCCUUCAAAAGCUUUCUGCACGAGAGCGGGGCGCACAUGCGAAACCACGAUGCUGCAUCCCCAGCGCCAGGCUGCGCACAUGUCUCUGAUCGUGCGCAAAGCCGAGGUCACGUCGUUGCAGUUGCAUGGAAGGUUCGUGGAUGCCGCAGAGACACAGUUGCUGCGGUGCCGAUCUCUGCGAGGCCACGAGCUUGCGACUUGUUGCGCGAAUUUCUUGGGCAAACUUGUCGGCAUGUUCAACGUCGUUUGGGUGUGGAGGCUGAAGCUGCAUGAGUACCUGACGUCCGUCAACUGGUCCUGGACCUUUGAGUCUGGGAAGGCGCUGAUGCCCUUCGGCCUUUGUGCACCGACGUCCUGCUCGACCGAACACCUCCGGACGGAGGUGGUGCCCCACUUUGUUGGGAACGUUCUAGGCUUGAACACGACGAGCGUGAGGCUGGGUGCAGCAUCCGGUGCUGUGCUGGUGAUUCACGAGCUCGCUCUUUGGCAGGAGCUCCCCUUGGACUUCGUGAUAGCCGGCAUCAGUCGAUGUGGCACGACGUCCUUGCAUUACAACUUGGGCCAACACCCAGAAGUGUCUUUCAUGGAGACCAGCGGUGAGGACACGACUCUGAUGCAUCAGACCAUCCUACCCCGCCGGGAGGACGUCGAGGUCUUCCGGAAGCGUGCCGGAGCGACUCGACUGCUCGGUUAUCGCCGCUCCGGGAUCUUCACCAGCAGCAGACUCCUGCACGGACUUCGCAGAAUCCCUAACCUUCGGGCUCUCCUUGUCCUCUGCGAGCCCAUGGGUCGGAUCGAACGCUUCUUCCUGGUGGACACGCUUCAGCCUUGCCGAGACCUCCGAGACUUGAGCCAGCUGGGGAGCCAAGAUGAGGACAAGCAGGGUUCCCCAAUCGACGCCUUACAGGCACCGUCAACUCCGCCGCGAUGCUGGACCAGUGUGGCAGCAGCGUUGGAGGACCCGGACGGCGGGUUCCAGUCUGAGGAGCACCGCCGAAAGUUGCAGAGCAACCCGAAUGCCGCGCAGCACCCGCUUCUGGAGCGCCAUCUGAUCGGCUCAUUCCUGCCAGGUAUUCGGAAGCUCUUCGGCGAUCGGCUCCUAAUGGUUUAUCAGGACUCUCUCCGCCACAAUGCCAGAGAGACCUGGAAUCGCAUGGCCGCUUUCUUGGGCGCAUCCCCUUUUCACGCGCAGGCCGACUUCCCGCAGAAGAACACGCUCCCGGGCCACCGCACGGACCUCUGCUACAACGCCUCGCUGGUGCGGCGCUUCAAGUGGCUCCUGGAGCCCGAGUACCGCGCCAUCGAAGAGGCAGAGCCUCCGGUUCUAGCUGCUGCGGGCCUCGGGGGCCGGGGCGCGUCGGCCUGGAGUCAUUGCUGCGUUUUGCUGCCCAUGUUGGCCUGCGACGCGCGCUGUGGAACAUGUGCUUGCGAAGACCGGCCGAGCGGCACCGUGCGCAUCGACUUGGCAGAGCUGCUCCAUCGCGGAACAUGUGGUGUGCCUGCGGAAGCUACGCCGCCCGAGCCACGCGACGGAGCAGCCAGCCCUACACUCAAAGAAGAACUCGUCACCAGACAGAGCUCAGGAGUCUCACAACUGCACAAGCUGCAAAGCCCACGUGAGGAGCAAGCUGAGGAAGCAGACCCUCACUUUCGGCUGCAGCUUAGCAGCUUCCUUGAGAAGCAUGGCUUCUCCGGAAUCAAUGUUCCCAGGCGGUCAUUCCUGCGCAAGACUUUUGCUCUGCACAAGGCUGCCGAGCUGGCAGACGUAGCGACGACCACUUUGCUGCUGGCUGAAGGCGCAGACGUGUCGCUCCGGAACUCUUCUGGCAGGACUGCGGCAGAUGUUGCAAAGAAGAAGGACAACUGUGGCUCUCACGCAGCAGUCUUCAAUUUGCUUGUAGAAGCUGGAACAACACGGGCCUCGACCAAAACCCAGCCGCAUCCACCGUUUGCCAACAAGCCCUGA